CAGGACAUUUUGUUUCCUCCAUUAUCGACCUGUCGAUCAAAUAAAAUUCUUUUAAUUUAACAGUUUGUUACAAAUUAAUGUCAGUAUACUGUUUAGCAUCUCAGAGAGAAGUCUUUUGAAUGACCAAGUAAUUGUGUAAAUAAGACCCCUUUGUUUCGUAUGCUUGCUAAUGUUACCAGUCUGUGUUGUCCACUUCCGAAGUUUAGAAACUCCAGUGCAAAAUGCUAAUUAGAACCUUCACUUGGAUUUCUCUAAUUGCAACUCUGGAUUGCGUGCGCACAGAAAUUGCAGAAUAUAGUUUAAACAAUACUGAAAUGAAUGAAUACGAAGGUAUUGAACAUUCUAAGAUGUUAUCAAGAAGAAAAAGGUAUUUGACGUUUCCUGAUGGGAGUUCCUUUCAAUUAGUCUUUUGUGCUCAAAAUCAGGGCUAUCUACCAAUUGCUCACCUAAUGUGGUUUGGUAAUACAGCAGCGUUAGCGUGGGAAUUACCUACAGAUCCAAAAUUUUUAUAUUCCUUGAAAAAGUACGAAAAAGGAUAUAAGUCUAAUAGACGACAAGAUAUUUCGAAGCACAUAUACUAUUUGGACGAAUACGGUAAAGUUAUUGGUAAAGUACCAUAUAAAAGGAAACCUAUUGUGAAUCCUGCAUUCGCUAAGCGCAGUGUAGAUAACAUACAAGAAAAUAAAAGGAAGAUUUCUAUUAUUGAUAUGCAUAAUGCACAAAAAAGAAGAGAUUACUUAAAUAACAUAGACGAAUCAAGCAUAGAGUUCCAUAGAGGAGGAAGGAAAGAUCUUUAUGAAAAACUAGAGACGUUGUUGGAUGGGCUUGGCUGGAAUGGCAGAGAGUGUAUUUUGCGAUUUUUAUGCGAAUCUGGUAAAAGGAAAAAUUCACAAGGAACGUUUUUGGAUGAGAUUAUGAGGGCAACGUUUACAUUGCCGCGAGGCGUCGAGUUCGCGAGCGCUACACACAGGCAAUACGACGACGCUCAUGGGACCGAUGGGGACUGCGCAGUCGAGUAUCCACAAUGUGAGGACCUGCACGGCCUCCAAUUGUAUGAUAACUAAUAAAAUAUUCG